CCACCGGCGCCCCACGCCGCCCGCGCAGCGUGACCGGCCGCCGCUGCAGACAGAGCUCCACGAGGCCGGGCAGAGCGGGCGGCGGGCGGCUGGUGCCCGGCGUCGUCGCACCGUCCUCCCUCCUCCGCUCCCUCCGCCACUGGCCGGGAGCCCGAGAAGCGCGGCGCCGCUGCUCCAAGCCCGCAGCUCGGGCGCGGGACCAAUAACAGGAGCGGGGGCGACGGCAGCGCGGACACCACAGCGGCUCGCGCUCGGGAGCCGCGGCUGCACCGUGGACCCCGCCGGCCCCAGCCCAGCCCAGCCCGGGGCGCCGCAGCCCAGAGCCUCCCCGCCACCGCCCCGGGGCACGCGCGGCGCAGACAUGAACACCAGCGAUGCCAAGGAGUACCUGGCCCGCAGGGAAAUCCCUCAGCUGUUCGAGAGCCUUUUGAAUGGACUGAUGUGUUCUAAACCUGAAGAUCCAGUGGAGUACUUGGAAAGUUGUUUACAGAAAGUAAAGGAACUAGGUGGCUGUGACAAGGUGAAGUGGGACACAUUUGUCAGCCAGGAAAAGAAGACCUUACCGCCACUAAAUGGGGGGCAGUCACGGAGAUCCUUUCUGAGAAAUGUAAUGCCUGAAAAUUCAAAUUUUCCAUAUCGGCGAUAUGAUCGGCUCCCUCCCAUCCACCAGUUUUCUAUAGAGAGUGACACAGACCUUUCGGAGACUGCAGAGUUAAUCGAGGAGUAUGAGGUUUUCGAUCCUGCUAGACCUCGGCCAAAGAUCAUUCUUGUCAUAGGGGGUCCCGGAAGUGGAAAAGGUACUCAAAGUCUGAAAAUCGCGGAACGCUAUGGAUUCCAGUACAUUUCAGUGGGAGAAUUAUUGAGAAAGAAAAUCCACAGCGCCAGCAGCAACCGAAAGUGGAGCCUCAUUGCCAAGAUCAUUACGAACGGAGAGCUGGCGCCGCAGGAAACAACGAUUACGGAGAUAAAACAAAAAUUGAUGCAAAUACCCGAUGAGGAAGGAAUUGUUAUUGAUGGAUUUCCACGAGAUGUUGCCCAGGCUCUGUCUUUUGAGGACCAAAUCUGUACCCCCGACUUGGUGGUCUUCCUGACCUGCGCCAACCAGAGGCUGAAGGAGCGGCUGCUGAAGAGGGCCGAGCAGCAGGGGCGGCCCGACGAUAACCUGAAGGCCACACAGAGAAGACUCGUCAACUUCAAGCAGAAUGCCGGGCCCCUGGUUAAAUACUUCCAGGAAAAGGGGCUCAUCAUGACCUUCGACGCCGACCGAAAUGAGGAUGAGGUGUUCUACGACAUCAGCCUGGCCGUUGACAGCAAGUUAUUUCCAAACAAAGAGGCCGCAGUGGGGGACUUUGACCCUUGCAUGAUGUUGGACCCUGGAGACAUCAUGGAUCCAGAAUCUGAUUAUGAAGACCAGGCUGACGACCAGGCCAGCGUAUACGGAGAAGACACCACAGGAGGUCUCGUGGAAGAUUUGAGGAAAUGUAAAAUUAUUUUCGUGAUGGGUGGCCCUGGCUCCGGCAAAGGUGCGCAGUGCGAGAAGCUGGCGGCCAAGUACGGCCUGGUGCACCUGUCGCCCGGGAGGCUGCUGCGGGCCGAGCUGGCGUCGAACUCGGAGCGGAGCCGGCUGAUCAGGGCCAGCAUGGAGCGCGGAGAGCCGGCGCCAUCGGGCCUCACCUUGGAGCUGCUGCAGGAGGCCAUGGCCGCCAGGCUCGCUGAUGUCCCGGGCUUCCUGGUCUCCGGCUUUCCGCAGGGGCUGAAGCAAGGGGAGGAGUUCGGACGCCGGGUCGGGGACCCGCACUUAGUCAUCGGCAUGGACUGCUCAGCAGACACCAUGACCAGCCGCCUUCUCCAGAGAAGUCCGGGCAGCGCGGCCACGGAGGACGCCACCAAGACGGUGGCCAAGCGCCUGGAGACCUACUACCGGGCCUGCCUGCCGGUCCUGGCCCACUACGAGGGCCGGACGCAGCUGCGGAAGGUAAACGCAGAGGGAACACCAGAAGAAGUUUUUCUUCAACUCUGCAAGGUUAUUGACUCUCUUUUCUGAAGGCCUGAAAGCCCAGAUGGAGAGACAGAGGAACGUACUGAAUAGCCCAUUCCUUAACAUCGCGUCAGUGUCCUGUGAACCACAGACCCUGCUGGCACUGUCUGCACCUCCUGGGCUUGUGUGGAAGGUGUCUGGGGCCAGGCGUGGUACAGUAGGAGAUGUCAACCUGUCCCCGCCCCAGUUCACACGCUGUUACCUUUUAUUUAUUUUUUUUUUUUUGGUACCGGGGAUCGAACUCUCAACCUUGAACUUGCCAGGUGAGCGCCUAUGCCACUGAGCUAAAUCCCUGGCUGACACUGUUCUGUUGCUAUCAGCACGGUGGUGCCACUGUGUCCACUGUGCCCCAGUUCUUGCUGGAGUCUGGCCAUCUAGUCUAAUCAGAAGGGGGCCAGCACCCUCAAUCCCCUCACCCCUCCCUUCUCUGGACUCCCCUGCUGGCCCGGAUGAGGGGCCCUACGUGGACAGGUGGAGGCCUGUUCUAGGGUGGCUCGGCCACGUCCCUGCCUGCCCACCACAGCUCUUGCCAUGGGUUGCACAGUGAGCUAUGGAGCCAGCCCCAUGUGAAAGAAACUUUUAAAACUGGAAUCCUCAGUUCUCCAGGGUGGCAAGUCCUAGGAUGAUCAUGUCACCUUCUCCAUUUGUUUUUAGGAAAUUGGCUCCUGGGAAUGCUGCCUGCUAAUGGCUAGUAGAACUGGGGUAACUGUGUGACUUAGUCUGCUCUCUACCUGGUCAUGCCUGUUAGCAGCUCUAACAAUGUCAGUGACCAAAAGUAAUUCGAAGCAUGAGAUGACUCAUUAUUUUGUUCACUGGACAAGUGCCAUCUUACCGUUUUGAUUUGCAAUGUCCACCCAUUCACCAGUACAGCAGAUGAAAAGGCACAGUGACCAACGGCUGUGGGUGGGAAGGAAGGGCAUGUUAGCAAGCAGGUGUUGUGCAGCCUUCUGCUUGUCUCACCCAUGCCUUUUCCAGGGGUUUGCAAACCGUGCAGCACACCAGUGAAGUUUGGUUCUCUUUUGUGCUAUCAGUUGCAAAAUCAGAGCUUCUGUGUCUUACAGAAAUAACUGCAUCAUUCAUUCUGCUGUGGUACAAAAGACUGUCGUUUCAGUUUGCAUGAUUUUUUUCUCUUCAAUCAUUGUGCAAAUAAGGAUCCAUUUCCAGGACAGAAUUGUAUUUUUAAAGUCUUUUUUUCCUUGAAAUGGAUAUGUACAAAUAAAAUAUAUCAAAGACA